AUGGCACUGGCACCUAGCCACGCACAUGUCGUCCCUCCAUUCACAAUACUUUGCACCUUUCUUGCCGUAGCUUUGUUAUUUCUCUACCGAACCAAAGCAACAUCGUCCAAGAAAACAGAGCUGCACCACCAGGUGCCGCCAGGGCCAGCUGGGUUGCCUAUCAUCGGCAGCAUGCACUGUUUGGUUUCAAAGCGGCCGGUGUUUCGAUGGAUUCAUGGCCUUCUCAAGGACAUGAACACCAACAUCCUAUGCCUCCGCUUUGGAGCCGUCCAUGUCGUAGUAGUUGCCUGCCCAAAGAUAGCCCGUGAAGUUUUCAGAAAGAACGACGCAGUCUUCGCGUCUCGCCCCUUAACUUCCGCCACUGAAUUGUUCAGCUUCGGGUACAAGGGCUCCAUCCUGUCGCCGUACGGGGAGCAGUGGAAGAAGAUGAGGCGGGUGAUCACCUCCGAGAUCCUGUCCACAUCAAUGGAGCGGCGUCUACAGCGCCAGCGAGCUGAGGAGGCCGACCACCUCAUCAGGUUCAUCUACAACCAGUGCAACACCUCAGAUAGCAGCAGCGUCGUCGUCAAUGUGCGUCAUGUAGCCCAGCAUUUCUGUGGCAACAUGAUACGGAGGCUCAUGUUCGGCAGGAGACACUUCUCGGUUGCUGCUGGUGCUGCAGGCAAUGGCAGCGGCCCUGGUCCUGAGGAGGUGGAGCACGUGGAUGCGCUCUUCACGCUGCUGAGCUACUUGUACAAUUUCUCCAUCUCAGAUUACAUCCCUGCUGCGUGGACGUGGAUGAUUGCUGGCCUCGUUCCUGAUGGCCAUAAGAAGGCUGCCAAGAGCGUAAUGAAGACUAUAAACAGAUUGCAUGAUCCCAUCAUACAAGAGAGGAUCCAUGAGUGGGAUGGUCUUCGCAAACGCGGUGACAAGAGAGAGGCCAGAGAUUUUCUUGACGUCCUAGUAUCUCUUCAGGAUUCACAAGGGCGACCUUUUCUGUCGUUUGAUGAAAUACAAGCACAGACAGCGGAGAUAAUGUAUGCAACUCUCGACAAUCCAUCAAGUGCGGUUGAGUGGGCACUCGCGGAGAUGAUGGACAAACCGGAGGUCAUGGAUAAAGCAAUGAACGAGCUGAACACUGUCGUUGGCAAGGACAGGCUCGUCCAAGAAUCUGACAUCCCUCACCUCAACUAUCUGAAAGCGUGCAUACGGGAGGCCUUUCGCUUGCACCCCUACCACGCUUUCAACCCACCCCACGUCGCCAUGGAAGACACCAUCGUUUCUGGCUACCUCAUUUCCAAGGGCAGCCAUGUCCUUCUGAGCCGGGUGGGUCUUGGCCGGAACUCAGAUGUCUGGGAUGCUCCUCUCCAGUUCCGACCAGAGCGACAUCUGAUGAUGAAUGAGCAUGUGGUUCUCACCGAGCUAGAUCUUAGGUUCGUCUCAUUCAGUGCAGGUAGGAGGGGAUGUCCAGGGGUGUCACUUGGUAGCUCUGUUACAAUGAUGCUCUUCGCAAGGCUUCUGCAAGGGUUCACAUGGACCAAGCCUCCUGGCGUUCGUGCAAUCAAGCUCAUGGAAUCCACUACAAGUCUCACAUUAGCUGAGCCACUCUUCUUACAAGCUCAGCCUCGUUUGCCGGUGCAUCUUUAUGCGUCUGUUUAG